AUGGCCCCCACGCUCUCCGGGCAGGCGUCGACCGAGCUCGACAACGCCGUGGGCAAGUACAUUAGGGGCAUCAUCUCAACCGAGCCCAAGUGGAGUGCCUUUGUGCAGGCGCGCCGAGAGCUGCUGACGAUGCGCGAGCAGCUCGAGCAGUACCGUUACGUCCGCUCCGUCCAGACGCGCUUCGUCGGGAGCGCCACUCCGGCGGACCUCCAGGGCGCAGGGGGCGUGACCAUCAACAAGCAGCAGGUGAUCAAGGCGUUCAAUCUGAAGCAAGAGUGGGGAGAGGAGUGCGAGGAGGUCCUGGAGCUCGUGGGGAUGUAUGGGGAGGGCGGGACGAGGGGCGCGGACGGGAGGGUGAUGGGCAUGUUGGACGAGAAGCCGCCGGUGACGACGGGAAUGCAGGUGAAGAAGUUCUUGAAGGUGUUGAGGGAGGUGCAUGCGCAGUGGACGAUGCGCCGCGGCGGGUAG